AUGUCUUCGCCUGACGUUCUCGUCACAGGCUCCAGUGGCCAUCUGGGCCAUGCUUUGAUGCUCGAACUGCCCAAAUACGGGCACAUCCCUCUUGGCCUGGACAUUCUUCCCUCUGAGCACACAGCAAUCGUAUGCUGCAUCUCAGACCGGCCGCUAAUUCAGAAGACUCUGCAGGAGAAUCCAUCUCUCCGAUAUGUGCUGCACACUGCAACUCUGCAUAAACCGCACGUGGGCUCUCACAGCAAGCAAGAGUUUAUCGACACCAACAUCACAGGCACCCUUGUACUCCUCGAAGAGGCUGUGAAGGCCGGUCAUAUACAAGCCUUUAUAUUCACAAGCACGACUUCAACUUUCGGUUCCGCUCUCUCACCUAAACCAGGUCAACCGGCAGCUUGGAUUGACGAGACUGUCACGCCGAUUCCCAAGAACAUCUAUGGAGCAACAAAAGUUGCAGCUGAAGACCUCUGUCAUCUUGUCUGGAAGGAGAGCCGCAUGCCGACACUAGUCCUGAAGACAUCGAGGUUCUUUCCGGAAGAGGACGAUGACGAGAAAUCGCGCGCUUCCUACCAAGAUGACAAUCUGAAAGUCAACGAGCUACUCUACCGCAGAGCGGACAUCUCCGACGUAGUUUCUGCGCACGUUCAGGCAAUUCGAAAGGCAAGGGAAAUCGGAUGGGGCAAGUUCAUCAUCAGCGCACCACCACCAUUCCAGCGUAGUGAGGAAUUGCUGCGUGACCUCGACCAGCAAGCCCCGAAAGCCAUUCAGGAUACAUUGCCGGAGCAUUGUAAAAUACUGCAGGAGCAUGGGUGGAAGUUACCGGAGCGCCUAGACCGCGUCUAUGAUUCAUCUCGCGCUGUCACAGCUCUAAAUUGGCGACCCAAGUACACGUUCCAGCAUGCUCUUGAGCUCAUCCGAGAUGGGAAAGAUUACAGGAGUGAUCUAACGCACAAGGUUGGCAAACGCGGCUACCAUGCGACGCCCACAGGAGUCUAUACAGUCGACAAGUCUCGCUGA